CCGUUUCCUCCCCAACACAACAUCACACGUCGAAAUGGCUGUCCCGAUCACAACUAUCGCCGAGAGCAAAGAGCUCCGCGGCCUCAACCUCAUCGCGGCGCACUCGCACAUCCGUGGUCUGGGCGUCGAGCCAGACACGCUCGAACCGAAAGUAUCGUCGCAAGGAUUGGUUGGACAGGAAAAGGCACGUAAAGCUGCUGCGGUCAUUCUGAAAAUGGCUCAAGAAGGCAAAAUUGCCGGACGCGCAGUCCUGAUUGCCGGGCCACCAAGCACAGGAAAGACAGCCAUCGCAAUGGGCAUGGCACAGUCGCUGGGAUCAGAUGUCCCAUUCACCAUGCUUGCGUCGUCCGAGAUAUUCUCUUUGGAGAUGUCCAAGACCGAGGCGCUUACACAGGCCUUCCGCAAGUCCAUUGGCGUGCGGAUAACGGAAGAAAGCGAGGUCAUUGAGGGCGAGGUCGUUGAGAUCCAGAUAGACCGCAGUGUCACAGGAAGUAACAAACAGGGCAAGCUCACGAUCAAAACCACCGAUAUGGAGACCAUUUACGACAUGGGCACCAAAAUGAUCGAUGCCAUGACCAAGGAGAAGAUCAUGGCGGGCGACAUCAUCUCAAUCGACAAGGCUUCAGGCAAGAUCUCGAAACUCGGCCGCUCCUACACACGAUCAAGAGACUACGAUGCGAUGGGUAUCGACACAAAGUUCGUCCAGUGUCCCGAAGGCGAGCUUCAGCAACGGCGCGAAGUGGUGCACACAGUCAGUCUGCACGAGAUCGAUGUCAUCAAUUCGAGGUCACAGGGCUUCUUGGCCCUUUUCUCCGGCGACACGGGCGAAAUUCGGAGCGAAGUGCGCGAUCAGAUCAACACAAAAGUGGCAGAAUGGAAGGAGGAGGGCAAGGCUGUGAUUGUUCCCGGUGUUCUGUUCAUUGAUGAGGUGCACAUGCUCGACAUUGAGUGCUUCUCCUUCGUCAACAGAGCUCUGGAAGAUGAGCUGGCGCCUAUUGUCAUAAUGGCAAGCAACAGAGGUAAUACACAGAUCAGAGGAACCGACUACAGAUCGCCGCAUGGACUCCCGCUCGAUUUCUUGGACCGCGUAGUGAUUGUCAGCACACACGCAUACAAUUCAGAAGAGAUGCAGCAGAUCAUCUCGAUACGUGCACAGGAAGAGGAAGUCGACAUUUCUCCCGAUGCACUGGCUCUGCUUACCAAGAUCGGGCUGGAGACCGGAUUGAGGUACGCCAGCAACCUGAUUACCACCUCCGAUUUGGUACGCAAGAAGAGGCAAGGACCAGAGGUCACCAUAGAAGACGUUCAGCGCAGCUUCUCGCUGUUUUAUGACCCUACACGAAGUGUGAAGUUCGUCAGCGAGUCCGAGAAGCGUCUAAUUGGCGACGCAGGUAACGUGUCAUUCACCGUUGCCAACGGCACUGAGGCUAUGGAUGUCUCAUGAACGCAAGUAGCUCCCGUUCUUCAAGAGUGUGAUGGAUUUGGAUGAGUCAAGCGUUCGAGCAUAGAGCAUCCUCGCCGCGUGGUAUGCAAAAGUCAUGACUUGUAAUAACAGAGCCUUUGUUGUCCCCAGCUAGUCGGAGCAGAGCUUACGUCCAACUCUUUGGUGAAGGCAAUUUUCACGAUAGAAGCCUGUGUGAACUUGCCGCGCUUGGACUGGCUGACGUGGACAUCAUACGCUACCUGUAGCUUAUUAUUGCUUAAGCAGUAGCACAUACUACACGGCGUGAAACUUGCAUUGUUUAGUCUCAUGCGACGCAGUGGCGGUUAUUGUGAAGAUGAGUGCGAUUUUCCUGAAGGUGUGUUCAGUAAGGCCGGCUCAUUGCCAGACGGGGCCAAGCAGAGUCUAAAUCAUGACAUGUUGAAAAGUCCAAAUGUGAAAACGGUG